GGAGCUCGCGGGAGAGCCCGUGAGGGAGGGACGGCGGUGCCUCCGGAGAGCCCGUCAGGGAGGGACGGCGGUGCCUCCGGAGAGCCCGUCAGGGAAGGACGGCGGUGCCUCUAGCAGGCCUCCCCUCAGCGCGGAGGGUCCCUGCGGAUGGGGCACAGGGGUGGCAGCGCUGCUUGGGCAUGUCCCAAGUCAGGUGUCCCCAUCUCCAGCCUGGCUCCCUGCGCUCCUGUCCUGCACAUGGGAACGUCAGCAUCACAGCUGGUGACCCAGGCAGUGCCGUGCGGCCUUGGCUGCAGUGGGACGGUGGCUUUGGGAGGUUUGCAUGGGUGAAGAGACUCCCUGCUCCUGGGAAGCUGUGUAGCUGAAACUCCUGGUGGCUGCACUUGGCAGAGUGGUAAAAGUUGCUCCUCACCUGGAGUUUCCUGUUAAAUCUUAACAAAGAACAGUAAUCCCGUCUUGUAGCUCCUUUCAACCAACUCUUGGGGCUUGUUUUCAAUUAUUAUUUCAAAUUUGCUUCUAUUUUUGUAACUUGAGGCCAGAGUUACCUGGCAAUGGUUCUCAUCCUAGUGCUGUGAGGUUCACUACAAGAUUAGAGCUUAUAUUGACAGCAGAUGAUCAGGAACAAGUUUUUUAAUACUUCUAACACACUUCCUUUGCACUGUAAAACAAUGAGUUCUUUAGACACAGGAUGUUGCGUGUUGUUAAGGUAAAAGCCUUGCCAAGUUCCAAGGCAGUGAGAUCUGCCCAGUUAUCUCUAUAUUGACAAACCUUGUGUUCUUCUUAGGGAAUGAGAUCUGAUUGAACAAGAUUGCUCAGCUGGAGCACAGCUCCAUGGAAGCUCCCAGCUGGUUCAAGGUGCUAAUUGUCUGCGUGGCAGUUGUGUUUGCGUGUAUGAACUCAGCAGGAGUGAUGGAAGCACAUGAUUGCUUGUAAUAAGAAGGAUAUUACUUAACCUCAUGAUGCACAGUCGUCAGUGAUUGUUGAAUUGGUAAACACUACUGGGAAACACCCUCAUGACCUCUUCCUCUCCUGUUUCCAUGCCUGAUCCAGGAGCAACAAUGGAUUGGCCCCAACAAAGAUGUAGUAGGUGUUGGGAGAAGACAUCUCACCUGAAAUGGAGGUGAUUGGAGGAGCUGAACACUGACUGCACCGACAUGGGGCUGCGCCUGCUGGCUUGUGUUUUCCAUUUGCCCACUGCAGUGAUCUACGGGUCUCUGUCGCUCUUUGUUUCCAUUUUGCACAACGUGUUCCUCCUGUACUAUGUGGACACCUUCGUCUCUGUCUACAAGAUUGAUAAACUGUCCUUUUGGAUAGGAGAGACAGUGUUUCUGAUCUGGAACAGCCUCAAUGACCCUCUGUUUGGCUGGCUGAGUGACCGAGUGUUCCUUAGCACACAGCAGGCAGGAGCAGAGAUUUCCUCUCCUGAAGUAGUUCUGAAGAGGCUCAGAGCACUAAGCCACAAUGGCCCUCUCUUUGCCAUUUCUUUCCUGGCUUUCUGGGUUGCCUGGGCUCAUCCUGGUGUUCAGUUCCUCCUUUGCCUUUGCAUGUAUGACAGCUUUCUCACCAUGGUUGACCUUCAUCACAACGCGUUGCUUGCAGACCUGGCUGUUUCAGCAAAAGACAGGACUAGCCUCAACUUCUACUGCUCCCUCUUCAGUGCCAUAGGCUCCCUGUCUGUCUUCAUGUCCUAUGCAGUGUGGAACAAGGAGGAUUUCUUUUCCUUUCGCAUAUUUUGUGUCCUGCUGGCGCUCUGCUCCAUUGUUGGUUUCACCCUGUCCACACAGUUGCUCCGCCAGCGGUUUCAGGCUGAUGGGAAAGCGAAAUGGGACCAGGAAUCAGCCCUGAAAGAGCUGUACAUUGAGAAACUCUCCGUCCCCCAGGAGAAGAGGAUCACCCUGGCAGAGUAUCUCCAGCAGCUCUCCCGGCAUCGCAACUUCCUCUGGUUUGUCUGCAUGAAUCUUGUCCAGGUUUUUCACUGCCAUUUUAACAGCAACUUCUUCCCUCUGUUCCUGGAACACCUGCUGUCAGACCAGAUCUCUGUCUCUACUGGAUCCUUCCUGCUUGGUGUUUCCUACAUUGCACCCCAUCUCAACAACCUCUACUUCCUGUCGCUCUGCCGCCGCUGUGGGGUGUACGCUGUGGUGCGAGGACUCUUCUUCCUGAAGCUGGCUCUGAGUGUUGUCAUGCUCCUGGCAGGACCUGAUCAGGUGUAUCUGCUCUGCAUCUUCAUUGCCAGCAACCGCGUGUUCACAGAAGGCACCUGUAAGUUACUCAACCUGGUGGUUACUGACUUGGUGGACGAGGACCUAGUCCUGAACCGCAGGAAGCAGGCAGCCUCAGCCCUGCUCUUUGGGAUGGUAGCUCUGGUCACCAAGCCAGGCCAGACCUUCGCCCCUCUGAUCGGCACCUGGCUGCUCUGUGCGUACACAGGCUACGACAUCUUCCAGCGCAACCCCCUGAACGUGGUGAGUGCCCAGCCGAAGCUGGAGUCUGCUGCAGCCUUGGAGCCAACUCUUCGCCAGGGCUGCUUUUACCUCCUGGUCUUUGUGCCCAUCACGUGUGCCCUGCUGCAGCUGCUCAGCUGGUCACAGUUCAGCCUGCAUGGGAAGCGGCUGCAGGUGGUGAAGGCUCAGCGGCAGAGCCUGACACAGGGCCAAGCACCAGAGGUCAAAACAAUCUAAGGGUGCCUGAGCCCCCAGGAUUCUGCUGGUUCCAAGGUGGUGCUGCAGGGCAGGCAAAGGGCAGGGAUGGUGGGCUGAGAGAGCUUGAUGUUCAUGGUUCAGCUGUGAAAUGCUGUGAUGCCAGUGUUUACUCAUUCCAGGUGGUGGUCCCUGGGGAAGGCAGAGAGGUUCAGCAUGUAAGGGGCCUGAGAUAGAUCACUUGAUCUCAGGAGCAAGAACAUUUUAUCCUAGCCUGUCCCAGGGAGCAGAGAGCUGAUCAUUCCAGCGAAGAGGUGCUGGAUUACAGGUGCAAGAAACAGACACAUCCCCAGUGCACUUCUGUGUGCUGAGCAUGGCUCUGGGGAGCCACAGCCUGUCCAGCUGAACAAGAGGAGACUGUGCAGGGAGUCCUUCCUCGCUGGAGCCUUGCAGUCCCAGGAAGUGGAGUGGGAGGCUUCUGAGGGACCAAGUGACCAAGGGAA